AUGAUGAGCAGUGAUUUGGAGCACGUUUCACUCAAUUCAACGACGGCCAGCAACUCCGGGACUGGGUCGGGCGGCCGAGGGCUGUCAGCCAACGUUCGGAAGCUGCACAACGCGCUCAACUUGCUGCUCACUGACUUCGAGAGAGAACAAUUUAUCCACUGCCUCAAUGUUUACCACGCUAAACGCAACGUCUUCGACUUGGUUCAAACUCUCAAAAUAAUCCUCAACACGCCGAACAAACGACAACUCCUCCCCAUGUUGCGUUUGGUCAUUCCCCGCUCAGAUCAGCUGUUGUUCGACCAGUAUACUUCCGAGGGCCUGUACCUUAAAACGGAUCAUCUACCACUAAACAGUGUCAACAACCCUGAAAGCUUUGGAGGAGUAGGCAAUACUGCAAACAACUAUGUCCCAAUUCCCACUACACACUUUAUGAACCCGCAUGAGCCCCAGUUUCCUCAUGAUCUUUCUUGUUUCACAUCACCAGAAGCUUGCCCCUGCCCCGAUAGUUUCAGCACCACGGCGGAUGGGACAGCUCCCCUGGCUUUCACAGGGGAGGCUGUUGGAGAGAUCCGCGAAGUGACACUGAGACGCAGCAAGAGCAAUGAGGGCUUAGGGUUCAGCAUCCGGGGAGGUUCUGAGCACGGUGUGGGAAUCUAUGUGUCGCUAGUAGAACCCGGAUCUUUUGCCGAGAAUGAAGGACUGAGGGUCGGGGAUCAGAUAGUGACUGUUAACGGCAUGCUGUUUGACAGAGUCUCACACAUGGAGGCAGUCAAGGUCCUGAAAGGCUGUAAGAAGCUGGCCAUGUCAGUUUGUUCAGUGGGCCGGAUCCCCGGGGGGUAUGUCACCAACAACAUUUAUGCCUGGGUGGAUCCUCAUGGCCGCAGUGUGUCCCCUCCCGCCGACCUGGAGCAGCAAAGCACCCUGGGACCACAACACAGCCAGAGACGUACAGGAGACACACAGGAGAAGACAGUAAACCUGAACCUGGACGAUGGUCUCUCUCUGGGCCUGAUGAUCAGAGGAGGGGCGGAGUAUGGCCUUGGUAUCUACAUCACUGGGGUAGACCCCGGCUCAGCUGCAGACCACGGGGCACUCAAGGUGGGCGACCAGUUGCUGGAGGUGAAUGGGCGGAGCUUCGUGGCCAUCCCCCAUGACGAGGCGGUGAGGAUCCUGAAGACGUGUCGUCACCUGCUGGUGAGGGUGAGGGACGUUGGCCGCGUGCCCCAUGCCCGCACCGUGGUGGACCAGACCAAAUGGAUCAGCAGCCCCAUCACCCCUAGCCCACCGCCCAUAACAGAGAGCACCGCCAGCCCAGCCGCUACACGGCCAUCUUCAGCGCGGGCUACACCUGUAUUAGGAAAGUCUGUGUGUCAAGGUGUGGGGCCCCUGGGUUUCCAGGUGUCUCUGGAGGAGCAGGCCUUCCUGCUGCUGACAGACCCAGAGAGACAGACCAUGGGCUACUACCUGCGGGAGUACCAGGAGGGACACAUCGGCCUGGAGCCCCUGACCAUGGCCCUGUUUGAGCUCUUCAACACUCGUGCCAAGUUGUCCCUGCUAUCUGAGGUGCGUAGUCAGGUGGCUCCCCAGGAACUGAAGCUGUAUGAUGGCCUGGUGCUGCAUCGCGAGAGGGAGGCUCUGAAGGCCUGGCACGGAGGAAUGGGAUCCCUACACCCUGUGCACCCAUACAGCCGCUGUCUACACGCUGAGCCCUCAGCCAGCCACAGCCACUCCAACCCGGCCACUCUCUGCUCUACCAAGAAUGAAGUGCAGUCGACAGCUGAGUCUCCUCCGUUCUUCAAGCCUCCUCCUCCCCCCGAACCCGGACAGACCCAGCCCAGACAUCCGAGGGACAGGGAGAGGGAGCAGUCCAAGCGCUUCUUAUCCAGACACUCCCAAUCUGGCCUGGUCUUUACUGCCCCCACCAGGCUGCACCAGGAAUGUCACCACAAACACCUUAAAGCCUUCCAAAGCUUCUCCAACCACCAAACUUCCAACUGCCCUAGCUCUGACCUCCAUCACACCUGUCCCAACCCUGGCCAUCAUAACAGCUCCAACCCUGGCCAUCAUAACAGCUCCAACCCUGGCCAUCAUAACAGCUCCAACCCUGGCCAUCAUAACAGCUCCUAUCCAAGCUCUGGCAAUGACACAUCCAUGAACUCUAUUCACCACACCUGCCAAAGCUCCCUCCACAUCUCCACAACUACCUCCUCCGACCACCACACCCCCCAAACACACCACGGCUGCUCCAGCUCCGGCCAACAUUCCUGCCCUGGCUCCCUUCAUCCCAAGCACUCUGGUCCUCAGAACAAGGACAAAUUCAUCAAGCUUCCCAUCUUCAGAUCCUGCUCCCAUGAGAAGCCUGUUACCUCCCCUGGUCCCUCCCCUGGUCCCUCCCCAUGUCUCUCUCCCUGUCCCUCCCCUGACAGGUCCUGCUCCCCCUGCUCUCCCUCCCUCAGCCAGGGAGGUUUGUGUGUCAUGGCCGACACACACAGACUGACUGCUGAGGCCAGGCUCGAGCCCCAGCAGAGAGGCACCACAUUGUCCCAGCUGUCAGACAGUGGUCAGACUCUGAGUGAGGACAGUGGGGUGGACAUUGCUGAGGCACGAGGGCUCAGUAAAGACAGCAGUCCUUGGCCAACUAAGAACCAGGCCAGCCAGGCCACACAAGGGCCCCAGGGGGCCCAGGGGUCUGCAGUACUGGCAUCCAAACAGCAGCCUGGCUCUCCAGUGCCCAUACUUACUCUGGUACGUGUGGUAAAGAAUGCCAACACUCUGGGCAUUGCUAUAGAGGGAGGUGCAAACACACGGCAGCCACUGCCACGCAUCGUCACCGUACAGAAGGGGGGCUCGGCACACAGUUGUGGGCAGCUGAAGGUGGGACAGGUGAUUCUGGAGGUGAACGGGGUCUCCCUGAGGGGUAGAGAGCACCGGGACGCUGCUCGCAUCAUCGCUGAGGCCUUCAAGACCAAAGAGAAGGACCACAUUGACUUCCUGGUUACCGAGUUUAACACAGCCCUACUGCAAGGCCUUUAGCGGGGUCGUAUUUAGGCACCACACAGAAGAAAAGAGACUGAAGGGACCACCUGAACAAGAAGGGACCUCCUGAACUAAUGCUUGUUCCCAUUUUCCUGCAGGGGCUUCAGCAGGACUUUGCACUUUAGAAAGCUGGAACAGAUGGAGGAAGGAGGAGAAAGAGAGAACGGAAGGAGGGAGAAGUUUGAUGGAGUGUUGCACCUGGGGACAAAAUAAAGACAAUCCGUUAUUCUCCUGUAAGCCCCUUCUCCCUUCCCACAUUGUUGUCCCUCUAUACCAACUUAUCAGGCUGGCCAUGUAGUGUUAAAAAGCUCAAAUGCACGACAUCCUGCCUUAAGAAGAACCCACCGAUAGAACACACAGUUGAAGUCGGAAGUUUACAUACACUUAGGUUGGUGUCAUUAAAACAGAUUUUUCAACCACUCCACACAUUUCUUGUUAACAAACUAUAUUUUUGGCAAGUCGGUUAGGACAUCUACUUUGUGCACGACACAAGUCAUUUUUCCAAUAAUUGUUUACAGACAGAUUAUUUCACUUUAUAAUUCACUGUAUCAC